CCGUCGACCCGUUCCGCUUAGCCUCCCGCCGCGGGAGGGCCGCGAAAUGUCGUGAGCCGCAUCCGGCCGGUGGACGGCGCGGGAGCGACUGCGCGCGGGCGGGCGGGCGGGCGGGCGAGCGGCGGCAUCCCAUGCUCCGUCGGGGGCGGCGGCGUCGGCGGCGGGCGUCCCUGUCCUUCCCCUCCCCCUUCAUGCGGGGCCCGGGCCGGGGCCGCGCCCGAGUCGCCCCCGCCCGUUAUGGCCAGGAAGACAGUUAGCAGGAAGAGGAGAGCGGCCGCCCCUGCGGCGGGGCCCGGCGGAGAGCAGUAUGGCUGGGAUCACUCAGUUCACAAAAGGAAGAGGCUUCCGCCAGUGAAGCGGUCCUUGGUGUGCUACCUGAAAGGACGAGAGGUGCGGCUUUCCAACGAGUCCAGCUACCACCGCUUGCUGCACGCGUACGCAGCUCAGCAGCUGCCCGGGUUGCUGAAGGAAAGGGAAUUCCACUUGGGCACUCUUAACAAAGUCUUUGCGUCGCAGUGGUUGAACCACCGGCAAGUGGUGUGCGGGACGAAAUGCAACACGUUGUUUGUAGUCGACGUCCAAAGCGGGCAGAUCACCAAGAUUCCCAUCCUGAAGGAUCGAGAGCCCCACAUCGUCAACCAGCAGGGCUGCGGGAUCCAUGCCAUCGAGCUCAACCCUUCCAGGACUCUCUUGGCUACCGGGGGCGAUAACCCCAACAGCCUUGCCAUUUAUCGCCUGCCCACCCUCGAUCCUGUGUGCGUGGGAGAUGAUGGGCACAAAGAUUGGAUAUUUUCUAUUGCAUGGAUCAGUGAUACGAUGGCUGUUUCUGGCUCCCGAGAUGGGUCAAUGGGCCUCUGGGAAGUGACGGAUGACGUCUUGGCCAAGAGUGACGCACGGCGCAACGUGGUGCAACCUGUCCCUGUCUAUGCACACAUCACCCACAGGGCACUGAAGGACAUCCCCAAGGAGAACACCAACCCCGCCAACUGCAAAGUCCGGGCGCUUGCUUUCAACAACAGGAACAAGGAACUGGGAGCUGUUUCUCUGGACGGAUAUUUCCACCUCUGGAAAGCCGAACACAUGCUGUCCAAGCUCCUCUCCACCAAGUUGCCCUACUGCCGGGAAAACGUGUGUCUGGCCUACGGUCAGGAGUGGUCGGUGUACGCCGUUGGGUCUCAGGCCCACGUCUCUCUCCUGGACCCCCGACAGCCUUCCCACAAGGUGAAGUCUGUCUGCUCCAGAGAGCGAGGAAGCGGCAUCCGAUCCGUGAGCUUCUACGAACACAUCAUCACGGUGGGGACGGGACAGGGCUCCUUGCUGUUUUACGACAUCCGAGCCCAGAGGUUCCUGGAUGAGAAACCGCCACAGAAUUUCUAUGGAUCAAAAUUGGCAGGAAGUGAAAUUCUCAAACUCUCAACCGGCAAAGGUUGGCUGAAUCAUGACGAAACCUGGAGGAAUUACUUUUCGGACAUCAGUUUCUUCCCCAACGCCGUUUACACGCACUGCUACGACUCGUCGGGCACAAAGCUUUUUGUGGCAGGAGGUCCUCUUCCUUCCGGACUCCACGGGAAUUACGCCGGCCUCUGGAGCUAAUGACGCUUUUCCCCCCCCGGAAAAAAA